CUGUUCUUCAACAGGCUUCAAUGUAAAAUCAACCCCAAGUCAAUUUUCCACAAAAAAGCAACUCAUUCCUGGAAUUUCUCUUCAAUCUUAUAAAUACCCAUCUUUUUUAAUCUUGUUUUAUGUCCUUUCACCAUCACUUUCUACCCAUUUUCCCUUUUUUUUCCCUUUAUUUCUUCUACUUGCUUACUCGUCUGGGUUUUCUUUUACUACUGUUUUUAAUACUUAAUUCCCAUUUGUUUCACUUUUUCUGGACAUGCAGAUGAUAGAAAGGGAGAAACUCUGAAUUUCUUUUGAUGGUAAUGAUGAGUGGAAUGAACAGAGCAAUGAAGGGUGUUUCAUUUGAUGAAAUAAAUGAGAGAAUUGCUAGAGACUUUGGCUUUCUUAAUAAGGUGUUUUCAUGGUCUUUGGAUGAUAUCUUCAAUGAUAAUCUCUAUAGUGAGAAGGUCAUGCAAAUUCCAGAUUCCUUUGAGACUAUAUCAGAUUAUUUAAGAUCCUAUGUUUAUCCGCUUUUAGAAGAGACACGGGUAGAUCUUCGUUCAAGUUUGGAGAUACUAUCAAGAGCACCUUAUGCUGAAAUAGUGCAAUAUCAUCCAAGCGGACGUGAUCAAUCUCAACAUUUGUAUGACAUUCAAGUAGAUGAAUGGAGAAACAGAUUUAAUGAUCGGGGCAAGGAGCCAUACAAAACUUUGCCGGGUGAUAUAUUUGUCCUAGUGAAAUCUCGGCCUGAAACAAUCUAUGAUUUGCAAACGCUGGCACAAAUAUGGACAUUGGCCUCGGUAACAAAAAUUCCCAAAGUCGAUUCAGAGUACGAGGUAGAUGAUAAUAGUUCAUCAACGUCUUUCAAAGUGAUAGCAUCAAAGGACUUCGAUUCAAAGGAUAGGGAAGAUGAUAACAACUCUCUUUUUCUGGUGUUUUUGAUGAAUAGCACCACCAACAAAAGAAUAUGGAAUGCCCUACACAUGUCUAAAAAUACGAGAAUCAUCCAGGGAGUUCUGCAAAUGAACAACGCGGAUGAAGACAGUGAGAAUCCUUGUGGUUCAUUUAACAAUGACUGCUUUUUUGAAGACUCUUGUAUGGAAAGUUUAAAUUCCUCGCAAAAAGAGGCUGUCGUAGCUUCACUGCAAGCAGUACAAUGUGAGAAUAAGUCUCGUGUUCAACUUGUCUGGGGUCCACCAGGGACCGGAAAAACAAAAACUCUUGGUACUUUAUUAUAUUAUCUCAGGAGAAUGAACAUUAGAACAUUGAUAUGUGCUCCAACAAAUGUUGCCAUCACAGAAGUAGCUGGUCGUCUUUUGGAGCAAAUUACCAGCUCGUUUCCAAAGGAUUCAGGAGGCUUCUUGGGUGAUAUACUCCUCUUUGGAAACAAACAAAGGUUAAAAGUAGGAACAAAAAUAGAAGAUGUAUACCUUGAUUAUCGUCUCAAGAGACUAGCUGAAUGUUUUGCUCCCAUAACUGGAUGGAGGGGCUGUUUCAUAUCGUUAUCAAAUUUUCUAGAGGAUUGUGCUUCCCAAUAUGAAGUUUAUGUGGAAAAUGUGUUGAUCAAGAGCCGGGAAGAAGGCAUUGAUGAACGUGAUUGUACUGGAAAAAUCGAACCGUUUCAUGUUUUCUUUAGAAAUCGGUUCAAGGCAGCUGUAAAACCUGUCAAGCACUGCAUUUCUAUUUUUUGCACCCAUGUGUCUAAAGGUGUCAUUGGAGAACAUAAUCUGACAGAGAUGGUGUUUCUCAUGACUCUGCUCGAGUCCUUUGAAGAAUUAGUAUUUCAAGAUGGUUUGAGUUCUCAUGAACUAUUAAAACAUUUUUCUUCGAAGGAAGUUGAGAAUCCUUCUGCAGUUGUGGUGGACUUUAAGAAUAUACAUCUGCUUGAAGCAAAUAGGAUGAAAUGCAUUUCUGUGUUAAGAACUCUGCACCGAUCUCUUGGUGGGAAAUUCCCCAAUAUUAUGAAUAAAGAAUCCUUAACUGAGCUCUGCUUUCAAAUGGCAUCAAUAAUCUUCUGCACCGCAUCGAGCUCUUAUAAGCUUUACACAACACCCGUGGAGCCACCAAGCCUUUUAGUUGUAGAUGAAGCAGCACAAUUGAAGGAAUGCGAGUCGGCAAUACCCUUGCAGCUCCCUGGUGUACGGCAUGCUAUACUUUUCGGAGAUGAGUGCCAAUUGCCAGCAAUGGUUAAUAGUAAGAUGUCUGAGAAUGCUGGUUUCGGACGUAGCUUAUUUGAAAGAUUGAGUUCACUGGGUUGGCCAAAGUACCUCUUAAAUGUGCAAUACAGAAUGCAUCCAGCAAUCAGUUCAUUUCCUAACACGGUAAUCUACUUGAAGCAAAUUUCGGAUGCCCCUUGCGUUAGGAAAAAGAGCUAUGAGAGACAGUUUCUUCCUGGGAUGAUGUAUGGGCCUUAUUCUUUCAUAAACAUUUACGAGGGACGGGAGGAGCAUGAUGAUGAUGGGCGUAGUCGAAGAAAUAUGGUUGAGGCUGCAGUGAUUGCUAAAAUACUUCAUAAUCUCCAUAAGACAUGGCGACACUCAACGCAGAGGCUUUCUGUUGGGGUUAUAUCUCCGUAUGCCGCACAAGUUGUGGCCAUUGAGGAGAUGUUAGGGAGAAGAUAUGAAAACCUUGAUAACUUUGGUGUGAAGGUGAGAUCUGUUGAUGGGUUCCAAGGGGGAGAGGAGGACAUCAUCAUAUUUUCAUCGGUAAGAUCUAAUAAUGCAGGAGAAAUUGGGUUUAUUUCAAGUUCUCGGCGUACAAAUGUGGCCCUCACCAGGGCAAGGCAUUGUCUUUGGGUACUUGGAAAUGAAAAAACUUUGAUGAAAAGUGAUUCAAUUUGGAAAAAGUUAGUCUUAAAUGCUAGGGAGCGUUGUUGUUUUUUCAAUACCGAUGAAGACAAGAGCUUGACUGAAGCCAUCAUAGAUAUUAAGAAGGAGCUGAACCAACUCGAUGAGUUGCUUAAUAAGGAUAGUGUAGUUUUUAAAAGUGCGAGAUGGAAGGUUAUGUUUAGUGACAAUUUUGUCAAAAGCUUUUCGAAGCUUCCAUCAACUGGGGCAAAGAAGUCAGUUAUGAAUCUGCUUGUGAAACUGUCAAAUGGCUGGAGGCCUAGGAAAGUAAAAGCUGAUCCUGCUUGUGAGAGCUCUGUACAGAUUGUUAAACAAUACAAAGUUGAAGGUCGCUAUGUUAUUUGCACAAAUGACAUUGUGAAAGAAUCUCAUGGGUAUAUUCAAGUGCUGAAGAUAUGGGAUGUUGUGCUACUGGACGAUGUAGCGAAGUUGGUUAAAAGACUUGAUAAUAUAUAUGCAACCUUCACUGAUGAUUUCCGAAGUCAUUGCAAGGAUCGGGGACUUGAUGGGGAGCUUGAAGUCCCAAGAAUGUGGAGUAAUUCAAUUGACAUUGUCCGUUAUAAAAGCAACGAUGUCGAGCCAACAAGUGCUUGUGAUGGUGAUUUAGAUGUCACAAAUUAUGCUGAAAAUGCUAAAGUUAGCGAAAGUUUAUUGUUAAUGAAGUUCUACUCUCUGUCUGCUGGCUUAGUAGGUCACCUUCUGUCUGAUUCUGACGGUAAAGCUUUGGAUUUGCCUUUUGAAGUAACAGACGAGGAGUUUCAGAUAAUUCGUCAUCAAAAAAGUUCCUUUAUUUUAGGAAGGUCUGGUACCGGAAAGACAACCGUGUUAACCAUGAAACUAUAUCAGAAAGAGCAAUUGCAUCACUUGGCUCUUGAGGGCUUGGCUGAUGAAAAUAGAGACGCCACCGGUGUGAAUAAUAGCCCCUCAAUGGGGAACGGGGAGAAAGAAAAUGUCUUACGCCAGCUUUUUGUGACAGUUAGCCCUAGACUUUGUUAUGCAAUAAAAUCUCAUGUUUCUCAUCUGAAAAGUUUUGCCCGCAAUGAGAGUUCUAUGAAAAGUGACCCCGUUGAUGCUGACUACGUCGAUGAUAGUGAUCAAUUUAGUGGUAUCCCAGACUCAUUUGUUGGUGUUCCUCCAAACUCAUACCCUCUUGUGUUAACUUUUACCAAGUUCUUACUAAUGCUUGAUGGCACAUUGGGUAAUUCUUACUUCGAAAGAUUCCAUGAUGAACUGGAUUUCUCUAGUAGAGGAAAUAUUAGUAUAGUUGCUUCUUUUAUAAUGAAAAGGAAAGAGGUUAACUAUGAGAAAUUUAACAUGUAUUAUUGGCCACACUUCAAUUCACUACUUACCAAGAAGCUGGAUUCCUCUCGAGUUUUUAUUGAGAUAAUUUCCGUUAUUAAAGGUGGUCUUCAAGUAGGAGGAACCGUUGCUGGUAAGCUUAGUCGAGAGGAUUAUCUUCACUUGUCUGCGGGACGGACAUCAACUUUAAGUCGGUCCAAGAGAGAAAUCAUAUAUGAUAUAUUCUUGAACUAUGAGAAGACGAAGACAGAAAGAAGAGAAUUUGAUUUAUCUGAUUUUGUGAAUGAUCUUCAUCGUCGGCUUAAGUGUGAAAGCUAUGGUGGUGAUUUUAUUGAUUUUGUUUAUGUAGAUGAAGUACAAGAUCUGACUAUGAGACAAAUUGCUUUGUUUAAAUAUAUUUGCAAUAAUGUGGAUGAAGGAUUUGUUUUUUCUGGCGAUACAGCUCAAACAAUCGCAAGGGGAAUUGAUUUUCGUUUUCAGGAUGUCAGAUGUUUAUUUUACAAUGAGUUUUUGGGUGAAAGAAGUGACAUGGGUAAUGGAAGCCAAACAAGAGGACAAAUGUCUCCGAUAUUCCAUUUGAAGCAGAAUUUUCGUACUCAUGCUGGUGUUCUCAAGUUAGGAAAGAGUGUUAUUGAGCUUAUUUAUCAUUUUUUCCCUCAUUCCAUCGACAUUUUACCCCAUGAGACUAGUCUUAUCUUUGGAGAAGCUCCAAUCUUGUUGGAAUCAGGAUCAGAGGAGAAUGCCGUUAUCACAAUAUUUGGUAAUGCUGGAAAUAUGAGUGGUGGUAAUCUUGUCGGUUUUGGAGCUGAACAAGUGAUACUUGUACGGGAUGAUUGUGUUAGGAAAGAAAUAUCAAGCUACGUAGGGAAAAAUGCUCUCGUGCUAACGAUAGUUGAGUGCAAAGGGUUGGAGUUUCAGGAUGUUCUGCUGUACAAUUUCUUUGGGUCCUCACCACUAAAAAAUCAUUGGCGGGUGAUAUACGAGCUCAUGGAUAUGAAGAAUUUGCUUGAUUCAAAUUCGAAACCAGCUUUUCCUAAUUUUAAUCCCGCAAAGCACAAUGUUUUAUGCUCUGAGCUGAAGCAGCUAUAUGUUGCUAUCACUCGAACCCGACAAAGAUUAUGGGUUUGUGAGAACAAAGAAGAUCUUUCAAAACCGAUGUUUGACUACUGGAAGAAGUUAUGUGUAGUUCAGGUCAGGCAGUUGGAUGAUUCACUCGCACGAGCUAUGCAAGUUGCAAGCAGUCCAGAGGAGUGGAAAGCACGGGGCAAGAAGUUGCUAGCAGUGGAAAACUAUGAGGUGGCAACAAUGUGCUUCGAAAGAGCAGGUGAUAGACACUGGGAAAUUUAUGCUAAGGCUGCUGGGUUAAAGGCAUCUGCUGAUCGUAAUCUUUUCUUGAAUCCCGAAGAAGCCACAAGCAUUCUUAGGCAAGCAGCAGAACUUUUUGAAAGCAUAAAUGUGUCCCGGAAAGCUGCAGAUUGCUUCUAUGAGUUGAAGGAAUAUGAUCGUGCCGGUAGAAUAUAUUUUGAGCUAGGUGAGGAGCCUGAUCUUCAAAAAGCCGGUAAUUGUUUCACCUUGGCCGGGCAAUUUGAACGUGCUGCUGAAGUAUAUGCCAAGUCUAAGCUUUUCUCCGAGUGCCUUUCCUGUUGCACAAAGGGGAAGUUGUAUGACUUAGGACUGCAGUAUAUUCAGGAUUGGAAACUCCACGAUAUGGGCGGAGAAAUAGACACGAUUGAACAUGUUUUCCUAGAAAAUUGUGCUCUUUCUCAGCACGCACACGGUGAUAAAAUCUCCAUGAUGAAAUUCGUUAAGGCUUUUCGUUCAGAGCAUUCCAUGCAAAUCUUCCUUAGGAAUUUGGGAUGCCUUGACGAGCUUCUAGAUUUGGAGGUUGAACUAGGAAACUUCUUAAAAGCCGCUGAUAUUGCAAGGGAAAGGGGGAACCUUCUACAGGAGGCAGAUCUAUUGGAAAUGGGUGGGAGCUUCAAGGAUGCAUGUGAACUGCUUCUGCAUUAUGCUUUUGCUGGUUGUCUCUGGGAUAAUGGUAAAGGCUGGCCGUUAAAAAAUUUCUCGCAGAUGCAGGAGCUGCUGCUCAAAGCCAAGGCCUGCGCUUUUAACUUAGAGCCAUACGAUCUUUAUAAGAUUGUUUGUAUAGAUAGCUUGAUUUUUUAUAACCGAAACUGUUCCCUGUCUGAGCUGAUGCAAUUGCUGUCCAUCUCGAAGAGUCAUAAAAAUCUCAGAGGGGAGAUAUUAUCGACUAAAAGAAUCUUGGAUGGGAUGCUUCAGGUUGAUAUUUCCAAGUAUGAACAGGAUACGGAUAUCAUAGAAAAUUCGUCUAUGCUACACAUGAAAAGAAUUUCUCGGAACAAGGUCUCCAUCGAAACCCUAAUUUAUUUUUGGAACACAUGGAAAGAGACUGUUUCGAGAAUAUUGAAGUUUCUCAAGGAUCUCGAAGAAAAUCAUGCAAGGGAUUCUCCAGAACUUGAGUUCUGUUUUCACUACCUCGGGAUUCGAAAAAUGGGUUCUGGUACAAGUGCAGUUUACAUUUGUUUGUACCCUGAUGCUGAGUGGAUGAAAGAGGUUGACAAAACUUUUUUCGUAAAGUUCGGAGAGUUUGUCAAAGUUGACAUCGAGCACUUGUUAGCCGCUGCACAUAACCAUUGGUCCAUGGAGCUACUUUCCACUGGCAUGAAGGUUUUGGGUGUCCUGGAAUCCAUUCAGAAGAACUCAUGGAAGUUUCCUCUGUCAGAUUUCAGAAAGACUAAACUAAUUCUUCGUAUUUUUGAAAUUGCACAACUGCUUUUGUCUUGCAAACCUUUAAAGCAAAGGUAUCAAGACCUAAAAUCCGUGCAGGGAUACAAAGAUGUUUCAGUAUCCGAAUACUUCAAAUGUGUGUUUCCUCUAGAUUGGAGAAAAUCCGUGAGCCAAAGCAUUAUAAUUUUGAGAGAGUCUGAGAUUUCAAUGAAAAUAUUGAAAGAGGUAAUAUUACGGAACUUCCAACGGAGUGAUGAAUUGACAUAUGGGCAGCUAGGGCGCGUGGCGAUGGUGCUGCUUGGAUCACCUAAGGAUAAUUCUGAAUCUUCACCAUUGGAUCUCAGAAGUCUUGACCCUAAUUCUCCCUGGAAGCCUUUAAUUCAGGUUCUCUCUCGGUGUGUUGGGGCUCAAGCCCAACUUAACGAGCCCCUUGCUUGUUACCUUCAUAGAGCUUUAAUGGAUGUUUAUGAUGCCAAUUGGAGGGUAAGAGAUUACAUACCGCCAUUCUGUUUUCUAUAUCUAGUUGAUCGCCUAUUGUUUUCCCUUCUGGAGUUCCAAGGAUACAUACUAAUAACUCGAUCAUCACUUGUUGAAAGUUUUAUUAAUCUUAAUUGGGAAGUUAACCCGAGUACAAAUCUGAUGUCUUCGGGUGAGAAAUCUAAGUUUCUACAAGAAACUUAUCUCAUUUUUGCUAGAAUACUUUUUCACUUGCUCGUUAACACACAAGAAACUGUGCAAUGGGUGAAAAAGGUUGGCAUCAAUGCAAAGGAAAAUUUUCCGUUGCUGCUUCUGAGAUUAGUCGUUUUGCUGUGUGUACUAUUUGAGAACUCGAAUUUCUUUUUGGAGGAAAUUAAAGAAUCGCUGAGAAGGCGAGAUAUUGUUAAUCAAUUGCCACACGCAUUUUUAAAUGCCUUACAAUCACAGCAUAAAGUUGGCAUCAAAGUUGCUAUUGCCCGAGCUUUUGAUGCAAUUGGAGAUCCUCUAGUUGUUGUAAGAACCGAAAAACUUCUUACGAGAGAGUCAUUACGUAGGGGUGUCAUCUAUCUGGAUUAUGCUGGUCAGAGUAAAGAGGAACUGCUCAAAAUCCUGUUCCCAAAUGAAGAGAAUGGUUGUCAAGAUGGAUCUAAUGCUGCUGGUAUCAAAUCAGGCAUAUUAUGUGGCGCCAUUUUCCCUCAGAAGAAUGAAGAGUUCCAUGACAGAAACAUUUGGGAAAUAUUUGAUUUUUUGAAGUUGAUUGAAGACAAUAGCAACAAAAGUCAGCAACGAGUUGUGUCCGAUGCCCCAAAGAUUAAGUUGUUGAUUGAUAAAACAUGUGAUUUGAUGACAAGAGCCAUGGCAAUGGAGACUAGUUUGUGUACUGAUGAGCAUAAGAUACUUUUGGAAAAAGGUGAUUGCCUAGUCUUUGAAUUACGGCUCUUAUCAGCUGCGUUGGAUACAAGCGUACGACAACUCAAAGAUAACAUGAUGUUGAUUGAAGAUGGUGCAAGAAGGCUGUUAUUAGGAAAACAUGUGUUUGAAUACUUUCUAAGUCCUCUAGUUCCUCAAAUAGAUGAUGCAACAACUUCCCCGGAAGCAAAUGACGCUGAGCAAGGAAAUGAAGAUAAUGCAGAGGUUUUCGACGAUGUGAAAUCGAAAGAGGUUCAUAAGGAUGAUACUUUAGUACCUUCUGAAAAGCAUGUGGGCAGCCAAGCUUGUGAGAAGAACAGAGGAAAAGGUAAGAAAAAGGGGAAAGGUGGCAACAACAAGAAAGGCAAGAGAUAGAAACAUGCUAAUUGGUAGGUACUACUAUUAAUUUGAAAAACUUGUAUAGUGAAGUAUAAUAGGACUUUUACUAGACUACUAUUAUGUCAAGUUGAGUAUAUGUUUUGAGGUAAUGUGAGCUAUAAAUUGCUUACUCAAAGAUUUCGAUAUCCGGUUUUUCAGACCGGAGCCGCAUAGUGAUUUUCACUAUCCGGAAAAUCAAAUAUCCGAAGCCGAAUCGAUUUAGUAUCCGAUUUU